AUGAGUACUGUGACAAAAUUCAUAUCAGAGUACUGCAAGACAUGGGAAAAAUCAGGCAGAGACUCAUAUAUCAAGCUAAUCACACAAUAUAUCAAAGAUGAAGGAAAAAGUCCCCUAUUUACAAAGUCAGGCAAAUUGUCAGGCCUUUCACAAAGUAUCUAUGAUUUGUUGCUCUCUGAGCUUAAAGGAUACCUUAAGAAAGAUGCUGUGAUAUCUGUACUGCGUGAAAUAACUAUGAUUCAUGCAGAUAUGCCAUCAAUAUUAUUAGAUGUUGUCUGUGUUUUGGAUGCAGAAACUUCGCUUGAUGUGCAAACAGAGGAGAGAUCAAACUUCUGCUAUUUAGUCCGGGAGUUAGAAUCUUUCUUAUCUGACAAGUUAUUAAAAGAAAGACUAGAAAUAGACACUUUGCAGGAUGUUGGCACACUAAAAAACAAAAACUUUUACACUAAAUUCAUCAAAAUAAAAACUAAACUAUAUUACAAGCAGCGUAAAUUUAAUCUUUUUAGAGAAGAAAGUGAAGGAUAUGCCAAAUUAAUUGUUGAACUAAAUCAAGAAAUUUCAGAAGACACGGAAUGGAAAUCUAUUUUAGAAAUAAUUCAAUCACUUAUUGGUUGUUUUAAUCUUGACCCAAACAGAGUUUUAGACAUAAUACUGGAGUCAUUUGAAGCACGUCCACAUUUAGAUAAAUUGUUUAUUUCACUUAUUAAACACUAUAUGUGUGAUCCACGAGUUAUAUCAGAGGUUCUUGGAUUCAAACUUGGAAAUAUGGAUGUAUUGGAUAACUAUAAAGAACCUCCACACUUAAUGACGGUCAUAGCUUUAUUAUUACAACAUCAAGUUAUUUCUUUAGAUGACAUAUAUCCUUGGCUACGUCCUGAUGAUAUAAUAAUGGCUAAAGAGGCUGAUAAGGAAUUGAAAUCUGUCCAAGAUUUUCUACGUAAGCUUAAUAUAGUUUCUACAAAAGGACCUCAAGCAAACGGAGCAACAGAAUUUAUAGAGGAAAAAGCAGAUCCACAAGAAUAUUGGUCCAAUCAAAAGCUAGUUCUUAGUGAAGCAUUGCUGAAAGUAUGUGCUUGGCGUGAGUUCUCAGCACUGUUCAGUCGGAUACAAGUAUCAGCCAUGCCACCUCGACCUGCCAAAGCAUUGUGCGAUAUGCUACAUGCUGUUGUUGAACCAUUGUAUAGAAUAAAAUGCCGGGUGGCUCCGAAGAUAAUGGGUGUUCCCAUUCCGCCAUUGAAAUCUAAAUUAGCCCCAAAAGCAUGUAAAACAUUUGAGGAUAUGAAGGAGACGGUGAUACCAGCGCUAAUCUUACUCGGACCAGCUCUUCACCAUGAUCCCAUUUUGAUGUAUAAGGUAAUACGUAUACUGCGAACGUCGCGUUCGGCAGUAGGUGAUCCCCUCGAACACGAAGCGUUGACCGUAUUAGAUGCGGCAAUAUUGCCAGCUCUUACACUCAUGGAAGGCAACUGUUGUAUGUCUGAGGAGGUUUAUACGUUGCUCAAGUUGUAUUCAUACCAAUGCAGAUACUGCCUAUAUGCCAGAUGGAAGAAUGAAUCUGGUGAAAAAAUUCCAUCCCUUAUGCGCGUGAGGGGGAAUUCAUUACAACGCAUAAAGCACAUAAUGAAAAGAGUCUCAAAAGAAAAUAUAAAGCCUCAAGGACGACUUAUUGGAAAAUUGUCGCACGCGGCGCCCGCUUUCCUCUUCGAUUACAUGCUUUUACAGAUACAAACAUAUGAUAACCUAAUAGGCCCAGUGGUGGAAUCCCUCAAGUACUUGACUUCACUAUCACUCGAUGUCCUGGGUUAUUGUCUUGUGGAAGCACUGUGUGCGGGGAGAGGUAUUGGCGCAAGUGGUGCGGCACAUCCGCCAUGGCUACAGGCGCUAGCCGCGUUUGCAGGCGCGGCCUUUAAGAAGCAUAAUAUUGAAUUGACGGGAUUAUUGCAGUUCGUCGCUAAUCGGUUAAAGGCACAACAGAGCCAAGAUUUGCUAAUACUUAAGGAGAUAGUUCAAAAAAUGGCUGGAAUUGAAGCAGCUGAGGAGAUGACACCCGAACAGUUAGAUGCAAUGGCGGGCGGUGAAUUACUUAAGGGGGAGGCUGGAUACUUCUCACAAGUGCGAAACACAAGGCGAUCGUCAGCGAGGCUAAAAGACGCAGUCGUGGGCAACAAUUUAGAUAUAGCACUUUGCAUUUUGUCCGCCCAACAAAGACAUUGUUGUGUUUGGAAAGAAGGCGAAGAAAUAGUCGGAGAAUCGAGUGGGUCCCAGUUAAAAGUAGUGGGGCGUUUGGCGGACCAAUGCCAGGACGCGCUCGUUCAGCUUGGCACGUUCCUUGCGUCUUCGCACGCGCCCGACGAGUACGCUGCGAGAUUGCCGGCUUUACCGGAACUACUUCGGGACUACCACGUAGACGCAGACGUGGCGUUCUUCCUCCAUCGUCCAGUUAUAGCUCAAAUAAUCGCUGCGAAGGUGGAGUCCUUUCGCAAAGCGUCUGAUAGUAAAUCGGAUUCUCUUGAGAAGAGCAUCACGCGGUACAGCAUUGCCUCCCAGGAAGCACUAGAACCAAUUGUAACAUCAAUAACACCACUCCUACCGAAUAAAGUAUGGGAAGAUAUUUCGCCCGAGUUCUACGUUACGUUUUGGUCCUUAUCUAUGUACGACUUACGCGUGCCGGUGGAGAGCUACGAAAGGGAAAUUGAUAGAUUGAAGCUGGCUGCCUCGGCUGCCACUAAGGAUUCCCAAGGGACCAAGGGGAAGAAGGAACAGGAACGAUUUAACAGCCUUAUAGAAAAGUUACAGGAUGAACGUCGUCGCCAAGAAGACCACGUGUCCCGCGUACACGCGCGUUUGUCCCGCGAGUGCAGCGGCUGGUUCCCAGCGAGAGCCGUCAAAUCUGCCAAAAACGAAACUGUCACGCGGUUGAUGCAAUUGUGCCUGUUUCCGCGUUGCGUGUUUACGGCGGCGGAUGCAUUGUACUGCGCCCAAUUUGUGCAUACAGUGCAUUCUCUGAAGACGCCAAACUUUUCUACGUUGCUGUGUUAUGAUCGGUUAUUCUGCGACAUUACGUACUCAGUGAUGUCCUGUACUGAGGCGGAAGCCGGUCGGUACGGUCAGUUCCUUUGCCGGGUUUUGGGCACAGCUAUGCGUUGGCACGCGGAUCGAGCCUCCUUCCACGCGGAAUGUGCGCAUUACCCUGGCUUUGUGACCAAGUAUCGUGUUUCCAACCAGUUCAGAGAGGCCAAUGACCACGUCGGAUACGAGAAUUAUCGACACGUAUGCCACAAAUGGCACUACAAAAUAACGAAGGCGAUGGUGGUUUGCCUGGAUUCGGGUGAUUACGUCCAAAUUAGGAACGCGUUGAUUGUCCUCAUCAAGAUAUUGCCCCACUUUCCAGUUCUCGCAAAGCUGGCUCAGAUUAUUGAAAGGAAAAUUGAUAAGGUGAAAGAAGAGGAGAAAAUUCAAAGGCCGGACUUGUACGUGUUGGCCACAGGUUACAGUGGCCAGUUGAGGUACAAAGCACCAAAUCUCAUGAAUGAAAGCGAUUUUCAUCAAGUGGUAGAACAGAAACCGACCCAGCCCGUCAGCGUCAAAGAGGAUACUCAUAAGAGUGACACGGCCGCCUCACCAGUUCAAACUCCAGAAAGUGACAAAAAGGAAUCAAAAAGCAGUGACAGAAGACGAGAAGAGCCGGAUCGCGAGAAGGAGUCAAAACGUGAAUCGAGAUCGUCCAACAAAGAGAGAAAUAAAGAAGAAUCACGAAGUAAAGACAAAUCGCCGAGAGAAAGAUCCCAUAGAGAAGACCGCUAUUUGGAGGCAAUAUCUCCGCCUCAUGAACACAGGCAUCCGUCUGAUGACGUUGAUCGUGAUGUGAAACGACGUAAAGUUGAAAGCAGCGGCAAUGGCAAGGGUAGUAAAGAGUUUGAAGAACGUUCGCCAGAAAAAGAGAAAAGAAAGUCUAAACUUAGAGGUGAUGAUCGGAAAGAGCGUAAGAUGAGCAGAAAACGGGAAAGAAUUGAUGAGUCACCUAUAUUGGAACAAAAGCGACGAAGAGACGAACAAAAAGCGAUAUUGAAGAUGGCCAGUCAUCAAAAUGGUUCUCAAGAGGAUCACCAUUAUGAAAAGUACCAUAAAAGGGAAAAGUCACCAUUCCGGGAUCGUUCACUAGAAGAGCCAAGAGACAAACAAUAUCCUUUUUAA